AUCAAUGCCUAGGAAUGGACUUCCUACACAUGCAAACAUACGCACGUUUACUCAAUUCCUUGAACUCCCAAAAUUGCGUCAGACAAGGGAAGCAACUCCACCUUCUUUUCCUCAAAAAUGGCAUCUUGUUUUCCACUCUGAGCAUCGCCAAUCGUCUCCUUCAAAUGUACGCGAGGUGCGGAAGAAUGGACGACGCCCGGAACCUGUUUGAUGAAAUGCCCCAAAGGAACUGUUUCACUUGGAAUACUCUUCUCGAAGGGUAUGCUAAGUCAGGCCACAAGACUGAUAUGUUAGACCUCUUUCACUCAAUGCCCCAGAAAAAUGACUUCUCAUGGAACACGAUCCUUUCCGGGUUGGCCAAAGCGGGCGAACUGGAUGCUGCGAGACGGUUGUUGAACGAGAUGCCGAAGAAGAACGCUAUUGCGUGCAGCACGAUGAUUCAUGGUUAUGCAAGAAAUGGGAGGCCGGGGAUGGCUCUGGUUUUGUUUAAGGAGUUCUUGAAGUGGGAAGCUGUUGAGAGUGGAGGGGCGUUGAGGUGGGACCCGGUUGUUUUAACGACACUGGUUGGGGCUUGUUUGGAGUGUGGGAGUGUUGAUUUGGGGAAGCAGGUUCAUGCUAGGAUGAUCGUUGAUGGUGUGGAGUUUGAUGCUAUUUUGGGGAGUUCACUUGUUCACAUGUAUGGGAAAUGCCGUGAUUUGGAUAGUGCUGAUCGGACUUUAAAUGCGAUGGAUUAUCCAGAUGAUUACUCUUUGUCAUCAUUGAUUUCAUGCUAUGCAAAUUGUGGUAGGAUGGAAGAUGCAAGAAGGGUUUUUAAACUUAAAUCAGACCCUUGUGUUGUUGUGUGGAAUUCUUUAAUAUCAGGAUAUGUUGCUAAUGGUGAUGUGGAUGGAGCCUUGACGUAUUUUGGUAAGAUGCGCCAGCAAGGGGUUGUUGGAGAUUACUCUACAUUUUCUAGUGUUCUGAGUGCCUGCAGUAGUGUAGGAGUUCUAAGGAAUUGCGCACAACUGCAUGCACAUGCUCAUAGGUUGGGGAUCGUAUAUCACCUUGUUGUUGCCAGCGCCCUGAUUGACGCAUAUGCCAAGUGUAGGAGUCUUGAUGAUUCUUGCAAAUUUUUUGGUGAGCUCAAAGCUUAUGAUACUGUUUUAUUGAAUUCUAUGAUCACCAUCUAUUGCAACUUUGGUAGAAUGGAAGAGGCAAAAAGCAUUUUCAGUGGCAUGAAGUUUAAAAGUUUGAUCUCAUGGAAUUCAAUGCUAGUAGGUUUGAGUCAGAAUGGCUACCCUGUUGAAGCAUUAGAAAUUUUCUGCACAAUGAAUAAAAUUGAUUUAAACAUGGACAGAUUUACUCUAUCUAGUGCCAUUAGUGUUUGUGCCAGCAUUACAUUGCUGGAACUUGGUGAACAGAUUUUUGCUAGAGCUACCGUUAUUGGUGUGGAUUUUGAUAAGGUCAUAACGACAUCCCUUAUAGACUUGUAUUGUAAGUGUGGUUAUGUUGAGGCUGGUCGCAAACUGUUUGACCAAAUGGCUAAAUCUGAUGAGGCUUCUUGGAAUUCAAUGUUGAUGGGUUAUGCUAUGAAUGGUUACGGAGCUGAAGCUUUGUCUCUGUUUGAGCAGAUGAGACGUGAUACUGUUAGACCGAGUGAAGUUACAUUUACUGCAGUUCUAUCGGCUUGUGAUCAUUCUGGAUUGGUAGAAGAAGGCAAAAAAUGGUUUUACUUAAUGAAGCAUCACUAUCAUAUUGAUCCUGGGAUUGAACAUUACUCUUGCAUGAUUGAUUUAUUAGCGAGAGUAGGUCGCGUUCAAGAAGCUAUUGAUAUCAUUGAUAAAAUUCCACAUCUCUCUGAUUCUAGCAUGUGGUCAGCGAUUCUCAGAGGUUGCAUAGAAAGUGGAGACAAGCCACUUUCGAAGAGGGUGGUUGAGAAAAUUAUCGAACUUGAUCCUCAAAACUCCGGUGCUCUUGUACAGUUAUCGGGUCUAAUGGCCUCUACUGGAGAUUGGAAUCAGUCAGCACUCGUGAGACAGUUUAUGAGAGAUAUGAGAAUCCAAAAGAAUCCCGGCAGAAGCUGGUGUAAUAGUUGACGACAAAU